AUGCUGUGGCUUCUAUUACUGGUGGUUGCAGCUUCAGCUGUACUUGCAACACCUGUUGUGUAUGACGGACGCGUGCCAUUCUCGUUCCCGGAGGCGAGUCUGGAUACUUCCACUGGCCCGUUCCUAACAGUGGUCAAGGGCACAGAGUCUGCAACUCAUUAUAGUUCUGUCUUGGGACACACCAAACGCCCGACCCCUCUCUGGGACAAAAGCCCGAUCCCCUUCCUCCCGCUUCCCAUCUUCACUGUACCCACGGAGCAGGUGAUAUCAAUGAGAAUUGACAACACAUCGGUCUUUUUUCCCGGUGGGAACAACCCCCAAUUUGGUUUCCGCCGCACAGAGCUGCUUGCGCAGGCAGAGGAAGGAGGGCCCACUGCGUUGUUACCGGAUAUCGAGGAGGGCGUAACGGCGUUUCAUUUCUCGAUUCAGCUGGACGAGCGCUUUCCUUUGAAUUAUGAUCAUGAGUACCAGAUCGUUUUCAUUGAGACUAGUGACGGAUCCCAUGUUUUCGGAGUACAAUUAGGAUCCCCUUUCACAAAUCCUCCCGGGCCACUUCCAGCGCCAAAUGCGCAUUCGUUCAAAGUCCUGGACCACUCCCUGAACGUCCUCUUCUCGGCUCCCUCUUCUCCGAGAUCGUGGCACAAUUUCGCGGUACUGGUCGACUGGGAUAAUCUUACGCUGAAAGUAUAUUAUUCGAAAGACGGCGCGCCGUUAAAGCCUGUCACUGGUACCAUACCUAAUCUGAGCGUCUCCCCUGGAGGUCCUGGCAAGGGUGAAUUCCAUUUUGGCAUUUUGAAGCUUCCGUUGGUUGAUCCGAACGACUCGCCUUCAGACCAAGGGGAUGUCGUUCACCAUGGUAUACAGGAGGGAUCCACUGAGGGCUUGUUCUAUUCGGGUGUUUUUGUCGAGAAGGUGACAAAAGGCGUUAGCACUGGUUAUGGGAAGACUAUUCGACCUUAG